UUUGGAUGAAGAACAUCACUCCUCUUGUUAUCUUCUUUCUCUGCCCAGUUUUUAGAGAGAGAAUUUUGGAGUUUUUUGCUUAAAUCUGAGGGAGAACGAAUUUCGUGUGAAGCUGAGAGUGUUGGUAGCUGCCGGAAAACGAAGUCGCCGGAGACAAUGGCUAUCGGCGCCGUUGUUUCUAACCGGAAUUUCGGUGGUUUCAUCGGUUCAGGCAGAGAGCAGUCUGCAGUACAUCACCAUGGAGAGCAAUUGGGGUUUGCUGCUUUGAAGUAUGUUCAGAGGAAUAUGUUAUACAAUGAGCGGUGUCGCUCAAGGAGUGGCUUAUCGUACUCGGGUUGCAUAUAUAGCUCACAUUCCCAAUCUGUUGGACCUUUGGAUGGUAAAUCUUUUGGAUCAAUAUCACCAUUUUAUGUUGAAGUCGUUCAACCCAACCGGUUUAGUGGAAAGUCUCAUGUCAUCAAUCCUAAGCAAAGAACCAAAAGAUGGGAAUGCUAUCUUUCCUCUACCGACUCAGGUAACAGUUGGAUUCAACCAAGGAAGCUGGAUAAGCUUGGUUUCAUUGAUGGACAAAAGCAGCAGUCAAAGCAUGCUGCAGUAAAUAGAGCCCAAGCCGACUUCAAAUCUGAUGGAUAUGACAUAACUGGAGCGUUGGGGUCUCUUAUGUCAUCGGAAGGGGCAAGUGAAGCCAUUUUGGUGGAAGGGGUUGAGCAAGCAAAACCUUGGUGGGAGCAAUUUCCAAGAAGAUGGAUUGUUGUACUGCUGUGUUUUGCUGCAUUUUUGUUAUGCAACAUGGAUCGUGUAAACAUGAGCAUUGCAAUUCUUCCGAUGUCAAAGGAAUUUAACUGGAACAGUGCUACGGUUGGUCUCAUCCAGUCUUCCUUCUUUUGGGGCUAUCUUCUCACUCAGAUUGUUGGAGGAAUAUGGGCAGAUAAACUUGGUGGGAAGGUAGUGCUUGGCUUCGGAGUUGUCUGGUGGUCGAUUGCAACUGUUUUAACUCCUUUUGCUGCCAAACUUGGACUUCCGUUCUUACUUGUUGUGCGUGCCUUAAUGGGUAUUGGGGAGGGUGUCGCAAUGCCUGCCAUGAAUAAUAUGCUCUCAAAAUGGAUUCCUGUCUCAGAAAGAAGCAGAUCUCUUGCUCUAGUGUAUAGUGGAAUGUAUCUUGGUUCUGUUACAGGAUUAGCGUUCUCUCCUAUUUUGAUCCAAAAGUUUGGAUGGCCAUCCGUAUUUUAUUCCUUUGGUUCCCUUGGAAGCAUCUGGUUUGCACUGUGGUUGACCAAGGCAUAUAGCACUCCAAAAGAUGAUCCAGGGCUUAGUGAGCAGGAAAAGAGUCUGAUCAUGGAUGGAAGUGUCUCUAAGGAACCUGUCACUAACAUCCCAUGGAAACUAAUUUUAUCAAAGGCACCUGUCUGGGCCCUCAUUAUCUCCCAUUUCUGCCAUAACUGGGGAACAUUUAUUCUGCUGACAUGGAUGCCUACGUACUAUAGUCAGGUUUUGAAGUUCAACCUCACCGAAUCUGGACUAUUCUGUGUAUUGCCAUGGCUGACCAUGGCCAUAUUUGCAAAUUUAGGUGGUUGGAUUGCCGAUACACUUGUGAGCAAAGGAUUCUCCAUAACAUCAGUUCGUAAGAUUAUGCAAUCGAUUGGUUUUCUGGGCCCUGCUUUUUUCCUUACACAAUUAAGCCAUGUGAAGACUCCUGCGUUGGCAGUACUAUGCAUGGCAUGCAGUCAGGGAUCGGAUGCCUUCUCUCAAUCUGGCCUCUACUCUAAUCACCAAGACAUUGGACCACGUUACGCUGGAGUGUUGUUGGGAUUAUCUAAUACUGCUGGUGUGCUAGCUGGUGUCUUCGGUACAGCUGCAACCGGAUACAUACUACAAAAAGGGUCUUGGGAUGAUGUAUUUAAGGUUGCUGUUGUAUUAUACAUCAUAGGCACAUUAGUCUGGAAUUUCUUCUCAACGGGAGAGAGAAUCCUCGAGUAGAUAAUCUUUGUUGCCCAGAGAAAGUGCAAAU